CACCCGGAAAGCGAGUCGCCUCGAAGCCGCGCACAGGUGACCGUAAUUUCAUUCGUAUUUUCGGAGCACGCAGCGGGAGUCCGCAUGGAGAACAGCGGCUUCCAGAGCCAGUUGCUGGCCGUCGUGGAGGUCCUGGCCAAGGCGGCCGUGGCGGAGAUCAACCGCAGCGUGGAGGACAGCUGCGCGGUGCUGCGGCUCGAGGUGAGCCAGGGCCGGCGGGACAUCGACCUGCUGAAGAGGAAGUGCGAGGGGAUGGAGGCAGAGCUGAGGAGGACCCGGAUGAGGGCCAGGAGGAAAGCGUUUUAUCCUCCUGCAGCAGAGAGAUUCUCCCCUUUGGUCAAAGUGGUGCUCAACAAAGAGAGCCAGAGCACGGGAGGGGGCGCUGAGGCUCAGCAUCAACACCAGCAGUGUGCCGACGUGGAGCCCGUUACUGAAGCUCAACGCUUACUGAUCAAAGAGGAGCGUGAAGAAGAAGAAGAGGAGGACGAAGAAGAAGAAGAAGAGGAGGACGACUCGCGGGACAAACUGAUCUCUGGAGCCGAGCAGCAGCAGCAGCACGGCGCCGCGGAAGCCGAAGACUUCGGGCCUUUGGUUUGCCCGUCUGACCCCUACCACGCUUUCCCCUGGCCGCCGCUGGACGCGCACCCCGGCCAGCCGGAGCUCGCGGUGAAGCGCGAGGGGCCCGACCACGGCGAGGCGCCUCUGGACCCGGCCCCCGGGUUCCUGACGGAGGAGGCCGACCGGCCGCCGUGGUUGUCCGAUCAGUCCGGGGGCGCCGUGGACUCGGGCGCCUUCUCCUGCGGCGAGCACCGCUUCGAGCCGAUCCCCUUCGCCUUCCCCCCUCCGCCGACUCUCUCGGCGGGGAAGUCUCACUCGGCCUCGAUGAGCGCGGCGCGCGCGAAAAGGCGAGCCAGGGCGCUGGGGUUCAAGAGGUCACAGCCGGACGGAGGACACGGCGCGUUCUCUCGGGUCAACGCCGCGGCUCAAUGCUCGGCGCCUCAACAAUCGACUCUGCAGUGCGAGGACGCGCCGCCGGCCUCCUCCUCCUCCUCCUCCUUCUUCUGCGGACACAGCCGCGCCGGCUUCGGCCUCGCGAGGAGGAUGUGGCGGUCGGGCCUCGGCGAGAAGCGCUUCAGCUGCACGUACUGCGACAAGCGCUUCGUGAGGUUCAGUCAGCUCAAGGAGCACCUGAGGAGCCACACGGGGGAGAAACCCUUCAGCUGCCUGCAGUGCGGCCGCAGCUUCACCAAGCAGUGCAACCUCAUCCGGCACGCGGUGGUCCACAGCGGGGAGAAACCCUACGAGUGCGCGCUGUGCGGGAAGUGCUUCACGCAGCGCUCCAGCCUCAAGUCGCACCAGAAGACGGCGCACUGAGCUCGCGGGUUUGUUUGUCAUAUUUAAUGGUUUUCUUUUAAAAAAAAAAGCAUAACAAC